UGCUGCCUGAUUAUUCAGGCACUAAAAUCUGCCUCACCUGUGCAUCUCAUAUUCUUGCUUCUCUCUAACUUUGUGUCACUGACAUGUGGGCCGUCUAUUAAGCGGGCCCACAUGUCAGUGACUCGGUGACUGCUGAUGGGUCCCACAGAAAGAAUCCGUGUGGCUCCACUUCUUCUCCCCCAAUUCAUCGCCUCCCGGCUCCCGCCUCGGCGCCUCCCUCUCCUCCUCCUCCUCGGCUACCUCGCAACGCGGCGGCAAUCUUCUCGCUAGGGUUUGCGCCAUCUCUCCCCUUCUCCCGCCGCGAGUCCCACCCCCCCCCAUCCCCCACCCCCGACCGCAUCCGCUCGGCGUGCUUCAUGCGACGAUCAUGGCUGCUGCGGCAGAGCACCCUGCGCCGGCUUCGGCGGUGUCUGCGGAGGAGGCCGCUACCGAUGCGCCGCCGCCGAUGUCGCUGCUCAUGUUUUUGCUCGACGGAGAGGGUGGCGCCGUUGAGGUGGGGCGGUUUGGCCUCUCCCACCCGCCGUCUCCUCUGCUGCCUCACCGAGCCCAUGCCAGCGCCAUCGGUACGGAUGAAGCAGAGGAUGCUAAUCCCGGCAAGGAAGCGGCGGUUUAUCUCCUGCUGCUUGAAGGUGCCGACGUCAGGGGUAUCGCUCGUCUCCCCUCCCUUGAGGAGGGAAGACCAGCGGGUGGAGCGGUGGGCGAUGAUGCGGCGGAGAGGGGAGGUGAGACGUGGGAGAAGGCGGAAGCGGAAAUUGGAGAGGAGGAGGGCGCAAUGUCGCGUGAAGAUGAGAUGCUGGAGACGUCGGAGGAGAAGGAGGAGGAGGAGAUUUCCGGGAGUAGCGACGAAACGGAAGAGGAAGAGGGACAUGGGCACAAGUAUUAUUCAGUACAGAUACGGAUGUGGCCAGGAAUUCCGCGUGUUGUGCUAUCUGUUUUCGGCGAUGGCUGUUGGGAAUUCACAAAAGGAUAUCGUGUGAAGUGGCUACAGCAGAAUGAGAAGGAGGGAGUGCUAAAAACCAUUGCAAUUGCACCUGAAAUUGAUGAUGACAGAACUCAGGUCUCCGCCAUUUGGUCUCAGGACUCUAUUUCUAUUUUACAAUUCGAAGGUCCCUUGGAAUUCUCAGACGAUCUCAAGAAGCUAAUAUGUGCUAAAAUUAGUGCAAAUGACUAUAGAGUCAUUAAGCUGUUGGGUGGAGGUUCAACAAGCAAAGUCUUUCAAUGUGUGGCUCGUGACAGUGUGUGUCAACAUCAUGAUAUCCCUGAAGUUCACUAUGCAAUGAAAAUUAUGCAAAUCACAGAAAACUUUGAUGAUAUGGACGCAAUCAACAAUAAAGAGCCUAGGGAAGUGAAAAUCAUGUCUUGUCUAAAAGCCCCAUGUGUAGUUAGUUUCUACCAGGCUUGGAUCACUGAUGAUGACCCAUAUUUUAGUGAGAAUCUAUCAUGUUCGACUGAGAAUGAUCAAUCCUGUUCCACCGAAGAUGAUCUGUCAAGUUCCAGUGAGGAUAAAUAUGUGAUCAUUCUAAUGGAGCAUUGUCUCAGGACCCUUAGGAAUGAUCUUCGUUUUGGACCACGUGAAAUAAAUACAGAAGAGUCAUGGAUGCUUUUUGAAGAAAUAACAAGAGCUGUCCAGUGUAUUCACCAUGAGGGCAUUGUACAUAGGGACUUAAAGCCAAGCAAUAUUUUCUUUGGAUCAAAUGGUUUAGUGAAAAUCGCUGAUUUUGGCCAUGCUUGUUGGGCAACAAAUAAGAUUGAUGAAUUGAAAGGAACUCCAGACCGUGGUACUCCAAUGUAUAGUGCCCCCGAGCUGAAGGAAGGACAACAUGUUACUGAAAAGGUGUUAUAUUUUUCGAGUUGUUCUACCCUUUCAAAACUGGACAUGAGCAACGUGAUGUUUUGACAAACUUGAGAAAAGGUAUACAUCCAGCGGACUGGAAGUGGAGUGGUGACAGUGUACUGCUGAAGAAAUUGACAGCUCUAAUUCCUUCCAAUCGCCCAUCAACAGAUGAGAUAUUGAAAUAUAUUGCCCAAAGGCGCUCAUCCAAUUGAUGAUCCAACUUUGCCUUUUGAGGAGAGUAUGUCCUAGCUGGUGUGUGCUCCAACUUCAAAGGAAUUUGACUGACAAGUGUGCCCCAAAAAUUGAACAUCUGAAUUUCACAGUUACACUAUGUAUAUAGCACUGUAACUAGGAGCUUCGCUGAGCACACUUAUUGUUCUUGUUAGUGCCUUUUCAUGGACGAUAUAUACUCAAUAUUUCCAGCUGAUUGUUACUGAAAAUAUUACAGAAAUGUUGUGAUUCAACGUUUUGCCAUGUA